AUGAUCAAAGAUUUUCGAACCAGGGUUCGCUGUCCAAACAGCACCUUAGCAUCUUCACAGCCCAGUGCACACAAAAACUCAAGCCUCGCUGAUUUACUAAAGUCUGAUGCAACCCGCCGUCCUCGUAACCCAGUGACUAUUUCGUACCCCCCUAGGCCAAGACCUACACCUACAGUAGACCCACAAUCAUCCAUUUUCGUCCGCCGCUUCCGCAAACUCCUUCGAUUGCCUCCUCGUGCGAAUGCAGUUUCGAACAAUCAGCCUCGUGACCCCCUAGAUUUCCCUGCUACAUCUGCCCUACCUCCCAACCACUCCUUCUUAGCCCAGGCAACAAACUUAGAAACGAAUUCUCCCCGCCACGCGAGCGACCUUAAGCAGUUCCUGCGGCAGCACCUUUCCUUUCGGCGAAGGCCCAGCCACGAACCACCUGAAAUUGAAGUCGCACCCGGACGCAAGUUCACUCGGCUUGCAGCUGCUAAGCUACCAGAAUACAAGAAAGCCAAUGAUACUCGACGUCCAUCUGGACAGCAGCCUGUCGCGUCGUCGUCCACGGCCGCAAAUGACCCACCGUCCGAGUCGUCUGACCUGGAUUCUCUUCCAGACGUACACUGGUGCAAGGCGUUCUUCUGCUACUACUCGUGCUGGUCUCAUGGAAGGCUGAGGAUGCCUCCACGAUGGCGCUUGGAGCGGGUUUACCCACUCCAGCAGGCUGGCACGACGAGUGGCAGUGGUGGAGGAGCUCAUGGUCGCAGUUAG